CUCCCCGCUGAAUGCGGCGCAUCUUUGAGAGUUAAACUCCAAUUCACCUGAGAGGUAAAUUUCCCUUCGUUUUGAUGACUUGUGCACGCUCAAUCUAGCUGGCUAUACUGAUUUCUUUUUUAUGUCUCAGCUGCUCGUUUAACCAGCGAAAUGAAGCAUAUCCGCGGCCUGGUUUCGGCUGCCCAGGCGCUGCGUCGGACCUUCCUGACACCUCCCCAGAUCCCCAACCGUCCCCAAUUCUUACGAUAUGAGCCCUUCCUGGCUCGAACCCAGCUUCGGUUGAUUCAGCAUUCGCGAGGCCCUGUUACAGACAAGUCGGGUCUGGUCACAGACGAGAAGAUCCGAGCAGAGUUUGUGCACAUUGUCAAUGAAAGCGGGUCGCUCGACGAGCCCAUCCGCCUGAACAAUGUUCUUCGUUCCAUUGACCGGUCCAAGUUUUUCCUCUUGCAAGUGUCUCCUGCGACGCCUGAUAAGCCACCGGUCUGUAAGAUCGUGAGCAAACAGGCGAUGCGAGAGAUCGAGCGUACGAAAGCUAAGGCUGCCGUCACCGCGUCCAAAAACAGCGUCAAGCAGAUCGAGUUGAACUGGGCCAUCGACGCCCACGACCUGGCACACCGCUUAAAACAAUUGAGGACUUUCCUGGACAAGGGACGCAAGGUGGAGAUCAUCUUGACCAGAAAGAAGGGCAAGCGGCCACCGACUGCGGACGAGGUUCGCAACCUCAUGACCCGCGUGAUGGAGACAACCCAGGAGGCCAACGCCAUCCCUGUCAAGCCAGUUGAAGGCGAGCCUGGCAAGCAUGUUGUUGUCGUCGUGAAGAAGAGGGAGGACUAG